CUGUAGUCAGUCACUAGAUACAUGGGGUAGAGGAAUCGAUUCAUAAUUUGCACAAAGUUAUGCCAAUCUUAUGCAACACGACCAUCAAUACCACCAAAAUAAUUUUUGCGAUUUCAAAGCUUCGGAUGUGUUUGAGGGGAAGAAUAAUAUCCAGUACCAUCCACAUAAAAAUGAUACCCAGUAGAGGGCUGAGGUGUUUUCAUCAAUCGGUGGCCUUGAGUAGACGGCGGAUUGAAUCAUAUGGAAUUAGACAGGUAUUUAAUCUCUUCCUCAUUGCGCAGCCAACGACAACUGGAGCUUUACUGAUCUAUACAAGUUCUCCUCAAAUGUACAUCGAGGCAUUAAAACCAAUUCACUUCUCCCGAAUAAAGGCAAAAGCACAUUAUUUUCGCAGUCAAUUACUCGAUCUCCCCUCUCAAAAGCCAAUACCUUAAUACGGAAUGCCACCUCCAUACGUUUCGCGUCAACUGCACCCUCCGCCAUACCUACCGUAGACUCCUCAAUCCCCUCAAUCGAAACCUCCACUCCCGAAUUUAAACCUACCCCGCUCGAUGUAAACGCCGAUAUUAAUCCUGAUAUUCUCUCCGCGCCUGAACACAUUGGGUAUCUACAUUCUCUAGGUUUGGAUUAUGGAUGGGGUCCCACGACGACCAUAGAAUGGAUGCUGGAGCAUAUUCAUGUCUGGGCCGGAACUCCCUGGUGGGUAUCUAUCGGUCUCGCAGCUGCCGCCUGGAGAGUUAUACUAUUGAAGUCUUACCUCGAUGCUGCGGAAAAUGCAUCUCGAAUGGCUACCAUAAAGGAAUUUACUGCUCCAGUCCAGGCGCAGAUGAUGCAAGCGAGAGCGAGAGGAGAUACAACCGAAAUGAUGUUGCAUAGGGCAGAGCUACAACGAAUUCAAAAAAGGGCGGGAAUCUCAAUGUGGAAGAGUUUUGUGCCAAUGGUUCAAAUCUUUAUUGGUUAUGGAACGUGGAAAUUGUUGAGACAGAUGUCUGACGUACCUGUUCCGGGGUUACUGGAUGGAGGACUCCUUUGGUUUUACAACUUAACUAUCCCGGAUCCUUAUUACUUGUUACCUUUAGCCACAAGUGCAAUCUUGCAUUUUGUUUUGAAAGUAAGUUAGGGUCAUUCUAUUCUGUUUCUACCGUUGAGCCCACCUAAAAGUAACCCGUCGAGGAUUGAGGAGCUAAUUUGAGGCCACUACAGAAAGGUGGAGAAACUGGUGUUAGUACUCUCACACCUGGUAUGCUGAAUAUGAUGCAAUGGGGUAUGCCUGCGCUCUCAAUGGUCUUCACAUCAUUCAUGCCUGCCGCUGUUCAAUUCUCAUUCUUCGUGUCUUCCUCGAUAUCCUUCGGUCAAGCCACGCUUUUCCGCAAUCCUAAAUUCAGAGCAUGGGCAAACAUGACUCCACUCCCAAGUCAUAACCCAUCACCAUCCGAAAACACUUUGAGGAUGAAGGAAAUUCCAGUUACCCAGGGAGAGACCACGACCGCAAAGAGAUAUUCAUUGGAUGGUAGUAUAGGAAAUGUAAUGGAAAGAUUUCAGAGCGCCAAGAAGGUGGCAGUAGAUUAUACGAAAGAAAGAAGAGCAAAGCAAGAUGAUUCGUCGGCAAAGGCCAGAGCAGACGCUUAUGAAGACAGGAGGAGAAGAGAGAUAGCCGAAGAAGUCGCGCGUCAAAAUGAGAGAAGGGCAUUGGAGAGAGAGAGGAGAAAGAUGGAGAGAGGAAGAAAAAGGAGUAGAAAAGAUUGAACAGGGACAGCGGAACGAACCAUGGCUAUGCACUUGUAAACUGUUAGUGGAAGAUAGAUGAUGGAUAUGUUCGAUGUAAAUUAUAUUACAAUCUUUCAGAUCGAGAAUGAGGAGACUUUUUCCUGAUAUAUCGGUCUCUGUUUGUAUACAACAAUGAUGUUCUUGAGUAACAAAGACAAGUUAGUAGGUA